AUGCUGCUGGAAUCAAUUACUAACAUGAGCUCUCCCAUGGGCAAUAAAGAAAAACCUACGGUUCAACUUGAAAUUCAAGAUUUAGAGUCCAACUCUUCACUUGAACUUGACCAACAAGAUAUAGCUCAUACUGAAGACCUUAAUAGGGCGUUAUCAGCUAGACAUGUUAAUAUGAUCACCAUAGCGGGAGUCAUUGGUACUGGUCUUUACUUAGGUACUGGUAAAAUGUUGGCCACUGGUGGACCAUUAUCCCUAUUAUUAAAUUUUAUGGUUGUGGGUCUAGUUGUAUUUUUUAUGAUGCUUGCUCUUGGUGAAAUGUCUGUUCAAUUCCCUAUUUCGGGUUCAUUCACUGUAUAUGCUAAAAGAUUUGGUAAUGAAUCCCUUGGUUUUGCAAUUUUGAUCAACUACUGGUUUAAUGACUGUUGUUCGGUAGCCGGUGAUUUAGUUGCCAUGCAAUUGGUUUUCCAAUAUUGGACCGAUUUCCACUGGUGGGUUAUGUCACUUUUAUUUUGGAUACUUUUAUUGUCGUUAAAUGUUGUUCAUGUUAGAGCAUACGGUGAAAGUGAGUAUUGGAUGGCGUUACUUAAAGUUGUAACUAUCGUUAUAUUCUUUAUUGUUUCCAUCGUUUGUAAUGUAGGCAAGAAUGAUACGCACGAAUAUAUUGGAUUCAAGUAUUGGAGCUAUGGUGACGCACCAUUUGUCAAUGGAUUCAGAGGUUUCAGUUCCCUUUUCGUUUCUGCUGCAUAUGCCUUGGGUGGACUUGAAUCAGUUUCCUUAACUGCUGGUGAAACUCGCAAUCCUGUUAAGGUUAUUCCUAAAACCAUUAAAGCGACUUUCUGGAGAAUCAUGAUCUUUUACGUCUUCACUUCUUUUUUCAUUGGGAUGAAUGUUCCUUAUGAUUACCCUAACUUAAUGACCAAAACUGUUGCCACUUCUCCAUUCACUAUUGUUUUCCAAAGAGUUGGUGCCAAAGGAGCUGGUAGUUUUAUGAAUGCUGUCAUUUUAACUUCAGUCAUUUCUGCUGGAAACCAUGCUUUGUUUGCCGGUUCUAGGUUAGCUUUUAAUUUAGGUAGUCAAGGAUAUUUCCCUAAGGUUUUUACCAAGUUCAACAGAUACAAGGUUCCAUAUGUUGCAGUAAUUGUCACCUGGUUGAUAGCAGGGCUUUGUUUUGGACUGGCUUUUGUCGGUGCUGGUGAAUUAUGGUCAUGGUUGCAAUCUAUUGUCGGACUUUCUAAUCUUAUUUCUUGGUGGCUUAUUGGAGUAACUUCUAUUAGAUUCAGACGUGGGAUGGCCAAACAAGGUAAAACUAAACAAAUUUUAUUCAAAAAUUGGUCAUACCCAUUUGGCCCAUGGUUUGUUGUCGUGUUUGGGGGAUUUAUUAUUUUGGUUCAGGGUUGGUCAACUUUAUCUCCUUUCAUUGUUGCCGAUUUCUUCCAAAGUUAUCUUGAAUUGCUUGUCUUCCCAAUCACAUAUUUAUGCUGGUGGAUAUUCAAGAAGAGAUUCAAGGAUAGGUUUGUCAAGCCCGAAGAUAUGGAUCUUGAUACUGAUAGGUAUAUCCAAACAGAUGAAGAAUUGGAAGAGCUUGAAUAUGCUCAAAGUUUGAGUGGAUGGCAGAAAUUUAAAUAUAACUUUGUUGACAAUUUCUUGUAA